GUGCGCCAGGUGCGCCGGGCGCCCCAGGCUCGCCGGGUGCUGCCGGGUCUGCUGGGUGCGGCCACCCCUGGCAGAUCCAGGCCAACAUCUCCAGGGCGAUCGAGGCCGCGAUCCAGGGCAAAACAUCCAGGCCGCGAUCCGCGGCGAUCCAGGCCAAGAUCUCCAGGUCGGUCGAGGCCGCGAUCCAUGCCAAAUUCUCCAAGCCGCUCUCCGCGGCGAUCCGUGCCCAAAUCUCCAGGUCGGUCGAGGCCGCGAUUCUGGACAGAUUCUGCAAGCCGCUCUCCGCGGCGAUCCAGGCCAACAUCUCCCGGGCGAUUUCGGCUGCGAUCCGUGCCAGAGUUUCCGAGCCGCUCUCUGCGGCGAUCCAGGCGAAAGUCCCACGGCAGAUCGAGGCCGCGACCCAUGCCAAAGUCGCCAGGCCGCUCUCCGUGGCGAUCCGGGCCAAAGUCUCCAGGGCGAUCGAGGCUGGACCUGGUGGUUUCACAUGGCAUGCGGACAAGCCCGGCGUCCUCUUCCUGAUGUUCGCGGGCGCGCGGUGGGAGGCCGGCCGCGUCGCGGGGCCAAGUGCCACCGCGGCUGCGGCGGCGGCGCAGCGGAUGCAGCCUGCCUUUCGCGGCCCCGCCAGCGAGAACAUCCGCGCGCCCAGCCAGCACCUGCGGGGGUGCUUCGACGACCGCAGCGGGGCGCGGUGGCCGCCGUGCGGUCUCGAGUCGCAUCUGGCGCCCCGCGUCUCCGGGGGCGCGAUUCGCAUGAAUUUCUGGCGGGGCGCGGCCUCGUCGCUGAAGGGGCGGCCCGGGAACUUCGGCGGGGCCUCUGGGAAUGGACACAGGCGGGGCAGGGCGCGGAAGUGCAAGAAGCCGCGUGCGUUGGCCGCCCACGAUUACAAGACUCGCUCCCUCGCGCUGGAGGCGCAAUCCAUCGCCUCGGAGCAGGCUGACCGCGGCGUUGCCGUCGCAGAGCACUGCGGAGGGGGCGACUGCAACGGCGCGACGGCCGCUGGGGAUCUAUCGCUCGCCGACCAGGGCCGCUGGGGGCAGCCGGCGCCGCUGCCCGCGGAGAACGUCGGCGGCGCGGUGCUCGGGCCCUUCCGCGUGGCCCGCCGGUCCCCGCGCGCCUGCGCGGGCGCGUUUCUCGCGGGGCAUUUCGCUGACUUCGAGCUAGGGGGGCGCGCGGGCGCGAGCAAGGCACUGUCGUUCAUCCUUGAUGGCGCGCAGGGACUCCGACGUCCCUGCCAGUCCGGACGCGGCGAGCAGGUCGCGGUGGGGCCCGCGGCUGUCGUUGCAGCUGCCGAAGACGGCGACGACGCCGCGUCGCUGCGGGGCUUCUUCCUCGACGGGGGCGCGCAGGGUGGCGGCCUCGACGGAGAUUGCGAGGAGAUGGGCGGGCCCGGCGACGCCUGCUCGUCGGGCGCGCGCGCCGCCCCCCCGGGGAGCGGCGACUCUGCCUCCGAGGCGAGCGGGGCCGUGAUGGGGGACGGCAGAGCUGCGAUGGGAGACGGCAGAGCUGCGAUGGGAGACGGCAGAGCCAGCCGCGAUGGCGCCGACAGAUGGGCGACCUUCCUCUGCGACCCGCGCUGGCCUGGCGAGUUGCCCCGCCUGCCUGCGGGGGCGCUCGGGGCCGCCGAGGGGGUGCUUUCUGGCGCCGUGCGCCGGCUGGAGAGCGGGGGGUGGCGCGUGCUGCGCGUCGCGGAGCACCUGGGAGAGCGCCUGGGCUCCGCUCGCAGCGCCCGUUCCGUGCUGGCCGCGGCCCGACUGGCGGGGGGCGCGUCGCCCGCGCCCAGCGACGGCAGCCCCCUGGUGGCCCGCCUGGCCGAAGCGU